CUCAGAGGAGGCAGGCCGGUGAUUUUCCACUGCCGCUGAUGUCUCUGGUCCCCCGGUUUUAAGAGACAAAGGUCAGAAAGAGAAGCUUAUAAAUAGGCUAAAAUAUAAGCUUCAGACGCGUCCACACUUCAGUCGCUCUCACGGACACGGGAGGACACGGACAAGACUAACCGGACAAGGGACCGAGCGCAAAGGACAUAAAAGGACAAAAUAACAGAAAACAUCACAUCAUCAUAGCAGAAUGGCACAAAAAGAGAAACUUCAGUGUCUGAAAGACUUCCAUAAGGACACUUUGAAGCCGUCUCCUGGAAAAAGCCCGGGCACUCGGCCUGAAGACGAGGCGGAGGGCAAACACCCCCAGCGGGAGAAGUGGGCCAGCAAGUUGGACUUUGUCCUGUCUGUGGCCGGCGGAUUUGUAGGUUUAGGGAAUGUUUGGCGUUUCCCUUACCUCUGCUAUAAGAAUGGUGGAGGUGCGUUUCUCAUCCCCUACUUCAUUUUCCUGUUUGGCGGAGGUCUGCCAGUCUUCUUUCUGGAGGUUGCCCUUGGUCAGUUCACCUCCGAGGGCGGCAUCACCUGCUGGGAGAAGCUUUGUCCCAUUUUUACUGGUAUUGGCUACGCUUCCAUUGUGAUUGUAUCCCUCCUGAAUAUCUAUUACAUCGUCAUCCUCGCCUGGGGUCUCUACUAUUUGUUCCAGUGUUUCCAGCCAGAGUUGCCCUGGGCCAAAUGCAAUCAGCCCUGGAAUACAGAUCAAUGCAUUGAGGACACCUACCGCAAGAACAAAACCAUCUGGGUUGCCGCCAACGCCUCCAACUUUACCUCCCCCGUCACAGAGUUUUGGGAACACAAUGUGCUGGGUAUCAGCAGCGGCAUCGAGGAGAUCGGCCCCGUUAAAUGGGACUUGGCCCUGUGUUUACUCCUCGUCUGGGUCAUCUGCUUCUUUUGUAUCUGGAAGGGCGUGAAAUCCACUGGAAAGGUGGUCUACAUCACAGCCACGUUCCCGUUUGUCAUGCUUAUCGUCCUGUUGAUCCGCGGCGUGACUCUGCCAGGUGCUUCUGAAGGCAUCAAGUUCUACCUGUAUCCUGACCUCGAACGCCUCAAAGACCCAGAGGUGUGGAUUGAUGCCGGCACUCAGAUCUUCUUCUCCUAUGCCAUCUGUUUGGGCGCCAUGACGUCCUUGGGGAGCUACAACAAGUACAAAUACAACUGCUACAGGGACUGUUUGCUGCUGGGAGCCCUCAACAGUGGUACCAGUUUUGUGUCUGGCUUCGCAAUAUUUUCCGUCCUGGGCUUCAUGGCACAAGAGCAAGGGGUGGACAUUGCUGAGGUGGCAGAGUCAGGUCCAGGCCUGGCAUUCAUUGCCUACCCCAAGGCUGUUACCAUGAUGCCUUUUCCUACACUCUGGGCAAUCCUCUUCUUCAUUAUGCUGCUGCUGCUUGGCCUCGACAGUCAGUUUGUGGAGGUGGAAGGGCAGAUCACAUCACUGGUGGAUCUGUAUCCGUCCUUCCUAAGGAAGGGUUACUGCAGAGAGGUCUUCAUCGCUAUCAUCUGCUGCAUCAGCUACCUGUUUGGACUUACCAUGGUGACCAAGGGUGGCAUGUAUGUUUUCCAGCUGUUUGACUACUAUGCAGCGAGCGGUGUGUGCCUUCUGUGGGUGGCAUUCUUUGAAUGUAUAGCUGUUGCCUGGGUUUAUGGCGCUGAUAAUUUUUAUGAUGCAAUUGAGGACAUGAUUGGCUACAGACCAAAUCCUUGGAUGAAAUGGAGCUGGACUGUUGUCACUCCUUUACUGUGCAUGGGCUGCUUUAUCUUCUCUUUGGUCAAAUACAAGCCAUUGACGUACAACAAGAUGUACCAGUAUCCUGACUGGGCCAUUGGAAUAGGCUGGACUCUGGCCUUGACCUCCAUGAUCUGCAUCCCCAUGGUGGUCGUCAUCAAGAUCAUUCGGUCUGAUGGGCCCCUCAUCGAGAGGAUCAAGGCCGUGGCGGCCCCGGCGCGUGGAGGGGCCAGCUCCCGCCCCGCGGACCACCGUGUCCCCAACGAGCUCACCUGCCCACUGGACCCCAAUGGAAACAAGGGGCUAAUGAUGAAGGCCCCCACCCACACCAUAGUGGAAACCAUGAUGUAAAGGGGUGAGGAGGAGGCUCUCCAUGAGAACGCUCUCUUCUCCUCUCCUGUCCUCUGAAACGCUUCUAAAGCUAGCUAGCUAUCUGUCUGUCUGUGUCUUUCUGGUGGACUGAUGAGGGUUUUAAGGAAAAAAAGAAAAGAAGCUCACAUUUCAAAUCUUUUAGGAAUGCUUCAAAAGCUGUUUGCAGUUGAGGAAAGAUGAUUAUUACAAUUCCAAACUGUUUCUUAAGUUUUUGUUUGUCCAUUAAUAGUUCCCAUGUGACUCGCAGUUAUGUAUUUCAGCACUGAUCAUAAGCUGGUCGCUUGUUUCAUCACUGAUGUUCACAGAUAAUCAGCUGUUGCUCCCGAAAAAAAUCAAAGUUAUGUCUUAGAUUUGUGCAGCCGUUAAAGGAAAUGCAUUCAAUUCACUGCUGAUGCUAAAAUAUUCUAUAAAUUAUGGUGCAAUUUGAUAAUAAUGUACAUCACAGCAAAUGAAGACAAAAACAGUGGGAAAUUCGGAUCACACAGAAAUCUGAAACUGAAAUAUUCCCUUGCUUUCAUUUCGGCGUCAGGAUAAUUUCAUCCUGCAAAGUCAGAGAAGCAUCCAACCGGAUUUGAAGUGUGGAGUUCAAACCCUUGAGUGUGUUGUCUGUGGCGUACUGUACAGUAGUAGCUAUCAGUCUAUCUAUAUCUAUCUCUUUAUCUUUCUGUGUCCUAGACCAGUUUACAUGUAAGUUACUGCAGUAGGCACUCUUGGCUUAAAGUUUUGGAUUGAAUUUAUUUUAUUUUUUUUUUUGCAGAGGAAGUUACAUUAUUAUUAUUAUUGUUAGUUUUUUCCUCUGUUAGUGUUUAGAUUCUUUUAUUAUUAUUAAUAUUAUUAUUAUUAUGGGUAUUCACUAUUGAAUUGCUGUAGUUUUACAUAGAAGGAGGAACACUUCUUUCAAUUGGUGAAAAUACUAAGCUGUUAUACAGAUCACAUAUUUACAGUGGCAGCCUUUAUAGCUCAGUUGUCAUCACAUAUUUCUUGGGCCACCUUUUCCCGGUUGUUUUAGUGUGACACAAACAAAUUACAACUUAAUGAUUUUUCUCCCAAAUGUUUUCAUGUUAUGGGCCAGUUUCUUCAUGACUACUUGGAUGUUCAGACAAAAAUUGGAAAUUUGGCAGCGACGACUCCUGUAGUUCAGGGCUGGGCAGCUUUUCUUCCUCUGUAAGGUUCAGACAUCUGGACACAUGUCCCUGAGGCAGGACAAAAGCUAAGACUCAUCUCCAGUCCACAUCACAUGACCCAGUCAGUUGUGUUGAUUAGCACUCCAAAGUGAGAGUGUAACAAAAUCCUGUGACACAACAGAGAAUAACGCUGCACGAGCUUUCCAUUUGCAUUUGGCAGAACUUUGUGUAGGCAAAUUGGCAAUGAAGAAACCCAUAAUGCAUCAUUUUGGGAACCCUGAACAACACUGACAGAGACAAACAAAAGACGCCCAAAAGGAAUUUUAUUCACAGAAAAUAAAAAAGGAAGAAUUUGCUCUUAAUUUUCUCUAAACUAUUCAAAGUUAGAAUCUAAUCUAUGUUCCAAAUUUGAUAUUUGUAAAACUCCUGCUUUGUGAAAAGUUUCUAAAAAAAAUAAUAUUCAAGCCUCGUUUUCUGCGUUAACCGUUGGAGCCUUACUCGAGUUUUUUUAAGUGCUCAAAUUAAAAGUUAACUUGAUCUGAGUUCCUAAAGAUGUUUAAUCAUCAGGAACAUCAGGAGGAUCGAGUUGUAGAGGCAUAAAAUGUGAUUUGCGAACAUCAAGUUUUUCUCAUUUCAAGACUUUUUAAAAUUUAUGGAUUUAGCAUCAAUUUGUUGAAAUUAUUUUAAAAGUGUGCCCUGCGAUACGAAAACAAGACCUCAAUUCUGGCUGAUUUUUAACAGUUCUGAUAUAAAAAUUACAUGUGAUUUUUUUUUAAAUAGUAACAUGGGGCCAUAAUGCUUAUAACGUGAGCUGUUAACAACAGACUAGGUAAGAGGUAGUUGUUGGAUUUAAUAUGUGACAAAGGGGUUUUCGUGCGUCUCACCAGCGACCAUCUGCUCAGGACUUACCCUUUAAAGCUCUUGUCUGCUUUAAUUUGCUUCAAAAACAUUUUACUAUCAGUUGGGAACAAAGAGCUGCAGUCGUAGCAAUCAAAACUUGUCUUUCUAAUGUGCUUUAAAGGACAUUCGCUCAGAUUGGCACAUAGAGAAUCAAAAGUCACUUCUUAACUGCCUAUUUUAUACACAAUCAAAGGUAAAGAUACACUGAAAUGUUGUGAGAGAUGUUUUUUGCACUUGAAAUGAUGAGGCCAAAAAUAAAAUGCUCAAUUCUUCAGGGUACUCAGAGGUGAAACCCAUUGAGAUGGGAAGUUUUGCAGUACCCAGGAAUUGCAUGUAUUUGACCAAAAACCUCCCAGUAGAGGUGGCAUAGCAGCCAGAGCCGCGUUUUUCCUCUUCUUCUUACUGUAGUUUGUAUCAUUAAAGGGAUUUGCUGAACCAAAUCCACAGGUGACAUCUAUUUUCAUACAGCCUUUCCUAUAUAACGUCUUUCUACAGCUCAGCUUCCUUUUAAACGCACAUACAAAGCUUCAGUGUAUUCAUUAACGUUUGUACAGAUCUGGUUCGUGGUUCCUCUGAAGGAUCAUUGCACAACAAUGAAAAACAAAAAAACUUUCCUCAUUUACAGAUUAUCUUAAAAUCUUCAAUUUGUCCACUGAAUAACUUCUUUUAGAUUUAAAAACCACAAUGCAUAUGGAAACAAUUCAACUUUUUAAAUGUGUGUAUUCUUUUCUUUUUUUUUAACAUAUAUUUAGAGACAGCCCUAGCUGCUUAAUUGGAAAAACAUAAAGUCACCAGUAACGACUUCAACGUUAAAGCUUUUUCCAGGUGCUAAGGUCCUUCUUUUGUCAGGGAUUUAUUGACCAGAUUAUUAAGCAGUCAUUUAUAGGUUUAUUCUGCCUCUCAGUGUAUAUUCACAGUUUGUACCAACCCAUCAGCCUUUUUCACUCCUGCUGUCAGUUAACCCGAGUAAACUUUCCGUUGAGCUAAGCUUACUGAUUUGUUUUUUUUUUCUCUCAGAAAUAAUGAGUUUGGAACAGAACUAAAGCAUUAGUGAUGCACAUGUUUUUACCGCCGAAUGUUAAAAUGUGAAAGUCACCUGCAGGUGAAUUUAAAGUUUUCUGAAGAUUUAUUUUUUAUCAUAAAAAAAGAAUCUAUGUUUAAAUGUAUUUUUUUGCUGAUCCUUUUUUGAUUUCAUCAGUUUCUCUUGAUUUAUUUGUGAUCGUAUGUCACUUUUGCCUUUUCUGCUCCAAAAAUAUUCAAAACCUAAAACUGGAGUGACAUUGCACAAAGUAUCGAUCCAAACUCGGCUCACAUUCAUUACGUGCAAUACUUUGUCGAAAGUGUUAGUUUAUUUUUUGCUUUUAACUUUUCAUGAAAACAAAACUGAAAAUUUCAGAGUCAGUAGAAAUUAGAAUGUAGAAACAAACCCAUUAAAACCACUGUUUUAAAAAAUCUAAUGUUUGUUUGGAAUACACUGAAAAUACUGUAACAGAUUUUGUAAUUUUAUUGUUUUUGAGACAGCAACACUGCCACAAAUCCCACUGUCAUUCAUUAAAUAAUAAAAAAUUGGCAGCUCACCAAAA